AUGCACCCUUUAAAUCCCUUCCUCCGUGCCUUCUUCCGAAGCACUGUUCCGGGACAGUGUAUACCCAUCGAGAAUCAUGUCCUCCUCGUGCCUGUGACAGAAUCCCUAACUGGGUCGCGCGAUCGCGAGUCCUCCCUCUACUACUCGGAUCUGGUCGUUUCGGAAGAAUUCCUUGGGAGCCAUAUCCUGCGUAUACCAGUCGCUACCGGGACUGGUGGGGGGAAGGAUGACUCGAAUAUACGGGACAGCAGAGGCAAGGCCAAGCAAGUGACGACCGUAAACGGACGAACAGUGAUCAUCAAAGAGAAUUCGGUUUACAGCAAUAAAGGUUUCAAGUCCCUAAGCCAAGCGCAGCUGGUGUCUGAUGCGUUAUAUUACAACAACAGCAACGACUCCCAGCCAUGGCUUAUCUACUAUAUAUCACGUCCACUGAUCGGUUCGUUUGAUCCCGGAAGGAUUAUAAUUGCUGUAGUCCCAGGGGCACAGCCGAAAGUCAAUGCUCUAGGCAACGGAUCCAAGUCCGGCGAGCCAGUCUCCUCACCCCCAAAGAAAGAGAUCAAGACCUUCGGAGAAUUGCUGGCAAACUUUCCGAUGAUUGCUCGACAGAUGCAACCUGGUUUGGAACGGCUGUUCAAGGAGUUUGGGAAAGAAUUGGGGAAACCUCUGCCUCCUCCACCAUCACGAUCUCCUGUCAUGUUCGAAGAUUAUGAACGGAAGCAAAACCGCGAUGAGCAUUCCCUCGAUGAAGCCGCUUCCAUUCGAUCCUCGCGUAGCAGGGAAGGACUCCCGUUCAACUCCGAGGAAUACUUCGAGGAUGACGAGGAUUUGAUGCGCCGCAGCCUUGAGACAGCGGUUACUGCUGCUAUUGACCUGUUUCGAUUGGUGGACAAACAACAGCUUUCUUUCCUCGGAGCCACCACCGACCUUACUGGGCCAUUGGUAGAACGACUGAUUGAGCGUUACGUCGCUGAGCAGGUGCAUGAGAAGCUUCUCUUCCCUCGACUCUGCAAAUUCCGGCUUCCAGAGGAUGCUGAACUGGAUUCUCGAAUUCGGUAUAUGGAAAACAUUGACAUUUCCCAAGUGGGUAUCGUGGUAGAAGGAGGGCGCGAGGGUAAGCGGGAAUUAUUGCAGCGGCUCGGUAGAGCAGUCGAUGAAUUCCGCAAAAUGCUCGAUGCUAGGUGCCCUCACGACAUGCUAAACACCUUGCUUGAGACGGUCAAAAUCUUGUCGUACCCUGGCAGCUAUAGCAGGACGGAUUCCCACUCGUCAGAAAAACAGUUUGCGCCUGUGACCAUCAACGCGGACAUCCUAGUCUCGUUGCUGCUUGUCGUCGUCAUAAGAUCUCAAAUCAAGAAUCUGCAGGCACGCUUGAUGUACAUGCAGCACUUCAUCUAUAUCGACGAUGUUGACAGUGGUGAAAUGGGCUAUGCACUGAGCACCCUUGAGGCUGUUCUUACUUAUUUGGUGACCGACUCCGCGGGUCUACGAAGAGCGAGUAUCAGGAAUAAACGUUUAUGGAGCGCCACCAAGCACGGGCGUGUUAUUGACAUGAAGGCAAUCCUGGAGCCCAACGGUGACCAGGAAUCGAUAGACGACCUCCCCUGCGAAUCCGAGGAAAGGCUUGUUGCCUUCAAGACAGGAGACGAAGAGGAUUUGGUUCCAGUUUCACACAUUUCACUGCCAAUACGUGAUGGUCUGUCUAAUUCAUUUGGCGAUGAUGCAGCGACACCCGCUAGUGGUGACGACUCCGAAGCACCUCCUCUGUCGCACGUCUUCCCCUUUCAGACGUGGGCAAACAUUUCGCCCCCAAUUGAAGUGCGGCGCCCCAUCAAGAAAGUCUCAAUGGACGUGCGUAGUCUCUCCGGAUCAUCUGGCAUAUCGCUCGCGUCCCGAACAACCACAAUGGAAUCAAUUACGAGCGCAAUCGAAGGCGACAGCUCGAUCGAGACACUUACCAAGACGCAGGAUCCUGCUGGGGAUUCGAUUCCAAUGAUGGCGGUUGAAAGUCGCCAGCCGGAGGCUCUAAAGUACUUGCUUAGCUUGCAAGAAUACUAUCCUUUGGAGGACAUUCUCGAGGAUUCUAACACUGAUGGCACUACACUACUGAGUGCUGCAGUUCAACUUGCCCACGCUGACAUUGUGGAGAUCCUGCUGGAUUACCUUUUCGGUGCAACGGAUAGACAUACCAUCGCCUCAUAUAUGCAGAAAUCUGAUAUGCAUGGACGUACAGUCGCACACUAUUUGUUCAGCACGCCGUCAGUGAUGCAUAGGCUUGAGGGCCUCCUUCCAUGGUGUCAACGCGACAAGCAUGGGCAAACUCCACUUUUCGCGCUGUGUCGUUCUUAUGACCACCCCGACUACAAGUUAAUGGUGAAUGAAGCCCUGGACGCAGCCCAUAAAGCCCAAGGAGACGGCAAGCCUUUGCGCCUUGACGAGCAUGUUGACUCGAAAGGUAACACGUUGCUUCAUAUCGUCAGCGAUCCUGAAAUCACCGUUCGGAUUUUGCAUGGCUGUGAUUGUGAUCCCAACGCAACCAACGACAAGAGGUUCACGCCGCUCAUGAUGGCGAGUAAAUAUGGCCGCAUCGACCAAGUCCGCAUUUUGUUCGCGGACCCCCGUGUAGAUGUCCAUCUUAAAGAAAGUCGCGGAUUGACCGCCGUUGAACUGGCGAAGGACGACGAGGUUCGCAACCGUAUCGACGAUCUCAUUCUCUUGUCUACGCCUCUUUCCGUCUACGACGAGCAGUCGGGUCGUGUGACAACCGUUGUUCGUUCGUACUUCGUUGAAGAUGCAACGGUUCGAUUCGUACUCAAAUCUGGCGCGCCUAAUCCCACUGCGAACUCGGUGGAAUCUCGGCCUGCGUCAGGCACAACGUACACCGUUACAACGUGUCGGCGCACCUUUUCCGACUUUGAGAAUCUUGCCAGAUGCCUCUCGACCGAGCAUCCCGCUUCAUACAUGCCAUCAUUGUCUGACUUCCGUAGCCCGUUUCAGGUUCAUUCCAAGCCUUCUCGUUCCGUGCUACACGAUAUGCAAGAGAAACUCGACAAGUUCUUGAAGGUUUUACUGUCUCAUCCAACUUUUGCCACCCAUGAGAUGCUUUGGGAGUUCUUUCUCGUUCCGGAGCUACAGCCGGAUAUGAUGGCGGAUAGGUCACACCGAAAAGCCCAGGUCCUUGCAGAAUCAAUUAUCGACGAUUAUGCACCAGUGACUCCAGAAGGUAUGAGAGAGACUGAACAAUUCGUCUCGCAUGCCCAAGACAUGGUCCGUGCCGUUCAUGUGAAUACCCGCAGUCUCAUCCGUCGUGGCCAUGCGCUGCAGAACUCAGCAUCUGACAUGGCAGACGCAUUGGCUCUCUGCUCUACUUCCAUCUCCACCCUCAAGGAACCGACGCAGGCACUUCCCCUGACCCACGUUGACGCAUUCAUCCGUUACGCUCUCUGUCUUUCAACCUCGUCUUCUGACUCAUCUCCUCUACUCCAAUUUGUCGCCGCAUUCACCUCCAUCGACAACACCACCAAUGCUGUUCUCACGUCCCUCUCUCGCCCGGUCUCAUUAAUCUCUACCUUAUCGUCAACGAACCGAAACCUGUCGCGGUCUCGCUCGUCCCUCCUCUCGUCCUCCCUCCCACGCAAAUUCAACCUCAAUUUCCCCGGCUUAGAAGAGUCGCGACAAAAGUCCGUUCGAGAACUGGAAAGCAAGAUCCAGGAUUCCGAAGCGCAAGUGGCGCGUCUUUCCCGUGAAAUCUCCUGGAACAAGGAUGUGGUCGUCGGGGAACUCGCCGGCUGGACCUCGUGGCGGGAGAAGAUUGGACGGGACGCGAUCCGUUCAUUCGUGAAGGCUACUCUGGUGCGCGAGAAGGAACGUGGGAGGAGGCUCGAGCGAUGUUUGAGAAGUGUGCAUGAGAUGCAAUAAUGGGUGGUCCCAAAGCAUCCGCUAUCUGAUCUGUUAUUUCAGGCGUGUGGGAUAAUGUGGUGGUUGCAGGGGAUUAUAGAUCAUUACCCUUAACCAACAACCAAGUUAUGUAGAAGUUACGGUACGGUAAUAAGUGAUAUUUUCCCUGGAACCGUG